ACCAACAAGGAACCGUUGGAACCGGAAGCGCUGGACCCGUUUCAAAAAAACCCUAACUGGCUAAAUCCCUAACCCCUAAUCGUAUAUCAUAUAGAACUGCAGAAGCCUGGAAGAGGCGAAGCCGCGAAGAGCAGAGCGAAGAGCAGCAGCGACAAAGACGUCCUCGGAGGUUGAGCUAGUCUGUGUGUUGGGGCAACAAUGGAGACUGCCAGAACCGUGAAAGAUGUGUCUCCACAUGAAUUUGUGAAAGCAUAUUCUGCUCAUCUGAAACGAUCGGGAAAGAUCGAGCUUCCCCACUGGACCGAUAUUGUGAAGACCGCUACUUUCAAGGAGCUUGCUCCUUAUGACCCCGACUGGUACUUUGUCAGAGCUGCAUCCAUGGCAAGGAAGAUUUACUUGAGGCAGGGCAUUGGUGUAGGUGGCUUCCGGAAGAUCUAUGGUGGCCGCAAGAGGAAUGGUAGCCGACCACCCCAUUUCUGCAAGAGCAGUGGUUCAAUUCCUCGUCAUAUUCUUCAGCAAUUGGAGAAGAUGAAUAUCAUCGAGAUUGACCCAAAGGGUGGGAGGAGGAUCACAUCCAGUGGUCAACGUGACCUUGAUCAAGUUGCUGGGAGGAUCAUUGUUGUUGCCCCGUGAGUGCUUUUGUUGAGGUGUUCUCAUUUAGCUGGUUCAAGGGAUGUAGCUGGGGGAGAGUAUUUUAAAGACAAUUUAAUCCCUACAAUUUUCUUUUGUUUUGAGUACUUGUAAGCUAAACGUAUUUUUAUUUUUAAAAUCUCAUAUUGUUGCUUUUGGUUA